GGCACAGCCAGCACCCGGAUGUCAGGUAGGUGAGGAGGAGGGCUCCCCCAUGUGGGGGAUGGUUCUGGCGGGUAAUGUCAUCCGUGGUAUCGGCGAGGCCACCAUCGGGCCUCUAGGAGUGGCCUUCAUCGACGACUACGCCCGCCCAGAAAACUCCGCCUUCUACAUCGGAUGCUUGCACACCAUUGCGGUGAUUGGUCCUCUGUUUGGCUACACACUGGGCUCGCUCUGUGCCCAAUUAUACGUGGACAUUGGCUUUGUCAACCUGGACAGCGUGACCAUCACGCCGCAGGACUCUCGCUGGGUGGGGGCGUGGUGGCUGGGCUACGUGGUGGCGGGGGGGCUCACCCUCCUCACUGCCUUCCCCUUCUGGUUCCUGCCCCGCGCCCUCCCCGAGGACCCCCGGCCCCCCCGCACCCAGGAGCAGAUCCAGAGCCAGUAUGAGGAGGACCAGGACCCCCCCGCCCUGGAGCUGCUCACCCCCCACCCCGAGGAAGAGCCGUCCAAGACCAUCAGUGAGGUGGCCAAGGACUUCCUGCCGUCUCUGAAGCGGCUGUUGACCAAUAAGGUGUACCUCCUCUACAUGAUCUCCAACAUCGUCAUGUUCAACGGCUUCGUCAUCAUCAUCACGUACACGCCCAAGUUCUUCGAGCAGCAGUAUGGACAGAGCGCCUCCAAAGCCAACAUCCUUAUCGGCUUCUGCAGCAUGCCGGCGGUGUCCCUGGGCAUCUUCCUGAGUGGCGUGAUCAUGAAGAAGUUUAAGCUGGGGCUGCUGGGAGCUGCACGCGUCGCCUUCUUCACCUCCAUCGGCGGCUUCCUGCUCACGCUCCCCUACUUCGCCCUCAGCUGCAAGAACCUAGACGUGGCCGGCCUGACCAGCCCCUACGCAGGGUCAGCAGUGGACAGUGGGGUGGUGUCGUCCUGCAACACUGCGUGCGGGUGCCAGCUGACUCAGUGGGACCCCGUGUGUGGGCAGGAUGGGGUCACCUACGUCUCUCCCUGUCUGGCAGGAUGCAACGCCUCACUAGGAACCGGCAUGAACACGACGUUCCACGGCUGCAGCUGUGUCCACAGCUCUGGCCUGAGUGUGGAGAACUCCUCUGCGGUUCUAGGGCAGUGUCCGCGUGAGGACGCCUGUUCCACCAUGUUCUCCAUCUACCUGGCCCUGCAGGGCAUCAGCUUCUUCGUCUUCUGUCUCGGCAGCACACCUAUGUUCAUCAUCACACUCAGGAGUGUGGAACCGGAACUGAAGUCGCUGUCUGUGGGAGUAUUUAUGUUGAUGCUACGAGUCCUCGGGGGUAUCCCGGCGCCCAUGUACUUCGGGGCGCUGAUCGACUCCACCUGUCUGAAGUGGGGGACACGCAGGUGUGGGGGACAAGGGGCAUGUAGGUUCUACGACAUCCACACCUUCAGGUUCCUGUUCCUGGGCAUGAUAUCCGGUCUGCGUCUCCUUGGAUACGUCCUCUUCUGGUUUGCCAUCGUCCAGAUCAAGAGGACCUUAGUGAAAGCACGCCGCGCCCAGGACAUCGAGCUGCAGAAGGCCCAAGGGAGCCGGGACCAAGCAGAGGGCCAGGCAGCCAAUGAGACGGAGAAGAUGAGCAUCAGUGAGAGGCGACCGACCAAUGGGAGCGAGAAGAUGAGCAUCAGUGAGAGGCGACCGACCAAUGGGAGCGAGAAGAUUAGCAUCAGUGAGAGGCGACCGACCAAUGGGAGUGAGAAGAUGAGCAUCGAUGACAGGCACACAGCCAGUUGGAAUGACAAGAUGGAUAUCGAUGACAGUAAUGCAGCCAAUGAGUGUAAGGAGCUCAACAACAGUGAUAAAAGCCUAAGCCAAACCUCAGACUGAUGACAGAGUCAUAUCUCAGGAAGUAUGUUGGCAUCCCUCUCAGUGACUGAAAUCUCACAAAGUUGUUUUAUCGACAGCUUUGACUAAAAACACUCAGUUCAUUUCGGUUCAUUAUGUCAAUGGAAUUCAAAUGUUAUACUGUCUAGUCCAGUCUGCUAUAUCUUCACUAUCUCAACCUUAAUGUGUGUAAUAAUGUAUAUCUCAAGUCAUUCAUGUGUAUGGAUUACAUGUCCCAGGGAGAAAGACAGAGAAUGUAGCAGAUUAGUCUAGAGUUGUCUUUUUCUGGACCAUAUCUGCCACUAGAUGGCAGCAUUUAGCCUGGAAAGCAAACCACCUUCUACAAUGUAGGCACACAGGAGUUCUGUCACUUCUCCCUUAGCAGAUGGACUGGGUAUAUGUCAUAUGUGUGUUCUAUGAAACAAAUAAAAUGUAAAAUGUAUUUUUUGCAUUACAUCAAAUUGUGUCUAUGUUGCUAUGGACCGUUCCAUGGACUGUUCCAUGUUAUACAAAUGAAAUAAGUGGUCCAUGUUCUAAUUUUUUUGGAUGCUUUAUACUUAACUUGGAUUAACCAUUUGGACUAUUUUCAGAUGCUCAAAUAUCAGCACACUAUAUGUUGACACUCUGUUGAAAUAAUGUGGUUAGGGUUAAGUUCAGGGGAUGUUUUUUUAUACAGGUGAUGUCCAGUAGUUGUUCAACAACAAGUUUACAUACUGAACUUGAAUCUGAACAGGUGAUCUAUAUGAAGUCUAUGUCUACAUGAAGAAGGCAGACUAGCAAAGUAAAGUGAUACUGAACAUAUCUGUAAUUAUGUUCUAGAUUAAAAGAAGCUGUGCUGCAUUUAUGCAACGGUGUAUUUUGGUGCAGUGGUGUAGUGAUCAAAAGAUUGUAAACUUGAUUUGGUGGGAAAGUGGAAUUUGAUGUGAGAUUCAAGUUAAAAUAGGGUGUAAAAUUUAAAUUUUCCUAUGGGAAGGUGGAAUUUGAUGUGAGAUUCAAGUUGCAAUAGGGUAUACAAUUUCAAAUGUCCUAUUUGAGUGAAAUAAGUUGCA